CGGACUUGGCAACCCAGCAGUUUCCGGUGUGCUCUAUCUCUCUCGCCGCGUGUGUUUCAGACAGAGAGGGAGCAGCAGCGUGGUGACGAGAAAAACCUGGCGGCUCUCAACUUUGAGAGCGCACACAUUCUGUAAAGUAUCCGAACUGCUGCCAAAAUGCUCGUGCUGUUUGAGACCGCCGCUGGAUAUGCAAUAUUCAAAGUGCUUGAUGAGUCCAAACUGCAACAGGUCGACAGCCUGUAUAAGGAGUUUGAAACUCCUGAAAAGGCAAACAAAAUUGUGAAACUGAAGCAUUUUGAGAAGUUCCAGGACACAACAGAAGCCUUAGCAGCUGUCACUGCCCUCACCGAGGGAAAAAUUGGCAAGAGUUUGAAGAAAGUGCUGAAGAAAGUUGUUGCUAAGGAAGCUCACGAGCAGCUGGCCAUCAGUGAUGCAAAACUCGGUGGGGUUAUUAAAGAAAAGCUUGACCUGAGCUGUGUCUACAGCCCUGCUGUGGCUGAACUCAUGAGAUGCAUAAGGAGCCAGAUGGAGAGCCUCAUCACUGGACUUCCUCCCAGGGAGAUCAGUGCCAUGUCUCUUGGAUUAGCUCACAGUUUAUCCCGCUACAAGCUGAAGUUCAGUCCAGACAAAGUGGAUACUAUGAUUGUGCAAGCCAUCUCUCUUUUGGAUGAUCUGGAUAAGGAGCUAAACAACUACAUUAUGCGCUGCAGAGAGUGGUACGGCUGGCACUUUCCUGAGCUGGGAAAAAUUGUCACAGACAAUUUGGCAUACUGCAAAGCUGCCCGCCACAUUGGUGAUCGCACAAACGUGGCAGGCUCUGAUCUGUCAGACAUCCUCCCUGAGGAAAUUGAAGCAGAGGUUAAGCUGGCCGCUGAGAUCUCCAUGGGAACAGAAGUGUCGGAACAGGACAUCGGCAACAUUAGGCACCUAUGUGAUCAGGUGAUUGAUAUUUCAGAAUACCGCACUCAGCUGUACGACUACUUGAAGAACCGAAUGAUGGCGAUCGCCCCUAACCUGACAGUAAUGGUGGGAGAGCUGGUGGGCGCCCGGCUCAUCUCGCAUGCGGGUUCCCUUAUGAAUCUGGCAAAGCAUCCGGCCUCCACAGUGCAGAUCCUCGGAGCUGAGAAGGCUCUGUUUAGAGCCCUGAAGACUCGCAAAGACACACCCAAGUACGGUCUCAUCUACCACGCCUCCCUAGUGGGCCAGACCUCUGCCAAGAAUAAGGGCAAGAUCUCUAGAAUGCUCGCAGCUAAAGCAUCCUUGGCUAUUCGCUACGAUGCCCUGGGAGAGGACACAAAUGCAGAAAUGGGAGUAGAGAACCGUGCCAAACUGGAGGCCAGGUUGCGCCAGCUGGAGGAGAAAGGAAUCCGAAGAAUCAGUGGAACAGGCAAAGCAAUGGCAAAGGCAGACAAAUACCAGCACAAAAGUGAAGUGAGAAUGUACGAUCCAUCCGGCGAUUCUACUAUUCCCUCCACGUCAAAGAAGAGGAAGUUUGAGGAGGUGGAGGAGGAGGCAGCUGAAGAGCCCGAAACACCGGUAGUCAAAUCCAAAAAGCCCAAAAAGGAACGAGUAACAGAAGAAGCAGCAGAAACGUCUGCUGCAGCAGAGGAGACUCCCAAGAAAAAGAAGAAGAAAAAGGACAAGAAAGCGGAGGAACCGGAGGAAGAAGAGGAGGUGGUAGCAGUAACUGAGUCAACAGAAAAAAAGAAAAAGAAGAAAAAAAAGGUCAAGCAGGAGGAAGAAGAUGACUGAAAUAAUGGACAGUGUAUAUAUUUUCUGUUUUUGUCAUUUUAGUUUUGUGUCAUACAUUUAUAUCUAUCAAGAGCAAAACUGUAUUGGAUGCUUGUUUUUGGACAUCAUAAAGAGUUCACGUAAAGAAAAAUCAUCAGUGGACCUGCUUUUUAUAACUGCCAAUAAGAUGUGAUUUGAAAUCAGUAUAUUUCCAGUCAUGAAAUGUGUUUUUUUUUUUUUUUUUUUUUUUUUUUUUUUUUUUUUUUUUUUUAAAUGUUAAAAGUUUGUAAUCUUUCCUGGAUGACUGUUUUUAUGUUGAUUUUUAUUUGCAUAAACAUCUGUAUCAGAGAUGUCUCAAAUUCAGCACAGAGCAAUGAGUUGAUGAGGAAAGAUUCUUCCAUUCUCUGUUGUCAAAUCUUUUUUGCCUGCCCAGGUGAAAUAAACAUUUUUUGUUCUAUAGGAUCUGAUUUAAUUAUUCAAUGCAGAACUCAAACAUUGAUUUAUUUUUAUAAAAUGUUUGUCACCACAUGUAGUUGCUAUUGUUUCACUGUAUGAGAAGAUAAAAUCAGGUGAAAGUUCAAA